AUGAUCUUCCAAGUUGAAUAUCUGACCCCUACGCAACAAUUGCCGCCUGGCCCGGCAUGCCCGGGUGAAGUGAAGACUCGUGAUCGUGGCGCACUGUCCAAGCUCCCUCCAGGGUCUGACAUCUUCGAGGCCUUUACUAAGGUCAGAGCAGCCAAACAUCUCACAUAUGAGGAAGCAUUUCUCAAGCUCCUGGCAACUUUUGAUAUCCCGCUAUCCACACUAUCACAAACGACCAAGACACUGGACAUAUCCUUUUCAAACGCUAGCUACCAACAGAUUGCACCAUACGUGUGGCUUGACCCCAAUGGUGGAGGUCGCGACAUGUCGCCCCUAGAUGUCUGCCGAUCUAGGAUCCCUACCGACUUAUUUCGUGACAUCACACGUGAUGUUGAAGAUGCCUUAACACAGUACGGUCCCAUUGAUGCUCAUGAAAACGAGGAAGCCAGAUCCCGUUUCAUCUCCUCCCUUUUCAGCCGCAUUGUUUGCCUGUUUAAUAGCAUUGUCGUGAACAAGCCAGGGACCCUGCUAGAGAGUGAGUUCACUCGGCGAGGCCGAAUCGAGCACCACUUUAUCUCACUCGACACUGUGAGCAUCGUUUUCGUCGAAGUGGAAAAGAUCUUAACAGUGGGAAAAAGCAGACUUGAUAUGAAGGCCCAGGUUCUUGCCGAGUGUGCAGCGUGUGACUACGCCAACUUGAAGCAGGGGCACUGGGUGCCUAUACUUGCUAUCCUCUGUGAUGGUAACAACUUCGAGUUCCUUGUUUACGACUCGGCAGAUAAGGCCAUAUACUCAUCAGGCCGAAUGACAGGGAUUGUAGCAGAUGAGCGAGGUGACCAUGUUGAUCUCCUUAUCUCUACUAAAAAAACCUGCGAAUACCUCUUCGACUGGUUCAUUAUGGGCUAUAUUAAUAGCCUUCAGUCCUUCGGGCACGUGUCCUUAAAUGGGUCGCGCGUGACGAAACGAGAGUCUACUGGGCAGUGGGAAAGUGCCCUUGCCGCUGCUAACACUGCGCACUGGUAUCUGAGAGGGGCGGCAGAAGCCGCCAAGAAGGCAAAGUUGAGGGAUGCUGAGGCUAUGGCAAGCCAUGCCACCCUACGAGAAAAACAUUGA